AUGUGGUUUACAUCUUGCCUGUCGGCCUUGUGCCUGGCCGCGACCGGCGCGCUGGCGGCUGCUUCUGUCGACGACUCUGGAGAAGUCCAGAGCAUAGGGCUCAGGACACACUCGCUCAUGCAGCCCUACCUAGAUUCUGAUAUGCAAAGUCGGUGGUAUGACUUUGGAGGAAAUACCAUUAUCAGAACCGACCAAUAUAUUCGCCUCACUUCGGACAGGCCGUCACAGAUGGGUUCCUUAUGGUCGCGUGUACCACUGACGGCAACGAACUGGGAAAUUGAGGUCGAGUUCAAGAUACAUGGCAAGCACCAGCUUUAUGGUGAUGGCUUCGCCAUGUGGGUGACCAAAGGGCGCAACGAUGUGGGCCCUGUGUUUGGCAACGCCGACAAAUUCGAGGGUCUGGGUCUCUUCUUCGACACCUACAAGAACAACCGCCCGGGCGUGGUCUUCCCCUACGUAAUGGCGAUGGUCGGCGACGGACACACGUCAUAUGACAAGGACACUGAUGGAAAGGGCAACGAGCUUAUGGGCUGCUCGGCCCGCGGAAUCCGGCAUGCCAGCAUUCCGACAAAGUUUCGCCUUACCUACUUCCAGGACAAAUCCCUCAAGCUGGAGCUUCAUUACAAAUCGGAUGGCGAGUGGACCACGUGUUUUGAGACAGACGAGCCACCCGCGAUCCCACAGGUCGCGUACCUGGGAUUCACCGCCGAGACUGGUGAGCUUAGCGACAACCACGACAUCAUCUCGAUCAGCGCCAAGAACCUGUACACAGCUCAGCCCAAGGGCGGCAAGGACAGCAAGAAGUCGGAUAAGACCAAGGGCAAGAAGGCGAAGAAGGUCAAGGAGCAUAACGAGCACAAGGAGGGCGGUAGCUGGACCUGGAUGAUGAUCAAGAUCUUUUUGUUCAUUGUCGCCAUCGGCGGUGCAUACGUCGGCUACACGGCCUGGAAGACCAACAAGCGGUCGCACAGGUUUUGA